AUGGCAGAUGUGGACCCAGACACGUUGCUGGAAUGGCUGCAGAUGGGGCAGGGAGAUGAAAGGGAUAUGCAGCUAAUAGCACUGGAACAGCUAUGCAUGCUACUUCUGAUGUCAGACAACGUGGAUCGCUGUUUUGAAACAUGCCCUCCUCGAACCUUUUUACCAGCACUGUGCAAAAUUUUUCUCGAUGAAAGUGCUCCAGACAAUGUAUUAGAAGUAACAGCUCGUGCCAUAACAUAUUAUCUGGAUGUAUCGGCUGAAUGCACCCGUAGGAUUGUGGGAGUGGAUGGAGCUAUCAAGGCACUUUGUAAUCGUUUAGUAGGUGUUGAACUUAACAACAGAACGAGCAGAGAUUUGGCUGAACAGUGUGUGAAGGUGUUAGAAUUAAUCUGUACCCGUGAGUCAGGAGCUGUGUUUGAAGCUGGAGGAUUGAAUUGUGUUCUGACAUUCAUUCGUGACAGUGGACACCUUGUUCAUAAAGAUACUUUGCAUUCAGCUAUGGCUGUAGUAUCCAGACUCUGUGGCAAAAUGGAGCCUCAGGAUUCUUCAUUAGAGAUCUGUGUGGAAUCACUGUCUAGUUUAUUAAAACAUGAAGACCAUCAGGUUUCAGAUGGAGCUCUGAGAUGCUUUGCUUCAUUAGCUGACAGAUUCACACGGCGUGGAGUUGACCCAGCUCCAUUAGCUAAGCAUGGAUUAACCGAGGAGUUGUUAUCUCGCAUGGCAGCUGCUGGUGGGACAGCAUUAGGACCAUCUUCAGCUUGCAAACCUGGACGGAGUAGCACUGGAGCACCAUCUACAGCUGCAGAUUCUAAAUUGAGUAAUCAGGUGUCAACUAUUGUAAGCCUGUUGUCAACCCUGUGUAGAGGCUCUCCAGUAGUAACACAUGAUCUCCUAAGAUCUGAACUUCCAGAUUCUAUAGAAAGUGCGUUGCAGGGUGAUGAGAGAUGUGUACUGGAUACCAUGCGGUUAGUAGAUCUUCUUUUGGUGCUACUGUUCGAAGGGAGAAAAGCCCUGCCAAAAUCCAGUGCUGGAUCUACAAGCAGAAUCCCGGGAUUGCGAAGACUGGAUAGUUCUGGGGAACGUUCUCAUCGGCAGCUGAUAGAUUGCAUCCGCAGUAAGGACACUGAUGCACUAAUAGAUGCUAUUGACACAGGAGCUUUUGAAGUAAAUUUUAUGGAUGAUGUAGGACAAACUCUUUUAAACUGGGCCUCAGCUUUUGGAACUCAGGAAAUGGUAGAAUUUCUCUGUGAAAGGGGUGCUGAUGUUAACAGAGGUCAGAGGUCAUCCUCGUUACAUUAUGCAGCGUGUUUUGGAAGACCUCAGGUAGCAAAGACUCUCUUACGACAUGGUGCGAACCCUGAUUUGAGAGAUGAAGAUGGGAAAACUCCUUUAGACAAAGCUCGUGAAAGGGGGCACAGUGAAGUAGUAGCUAUUCUUCAGUCUCCAGGGGACUGGAUGUGUCCUGUUAACAAAGGAGAUGAGAAGAAAAAGAAAGAUGCAAACAAGGAUGAGGAGGAAUGUAAUGAACCCAAAGGAGAUCCGGAAAUGGCACCCAUAUACUUGAAAAGAUUAUUGCCUGUGUUUGCACAAACAUUUCAACAAACUAUGUUGCCUUCAAUAAGGAAAGCAAGUCUUGCCCUCAUUAGAAAAAUGAUACAUUUUUGUUCUGAGGCGCUGCUGAAAGAGGUUUGUGACUCUGAUGCUGGCCACAAUCUGCCCACGGUACUGGUUGAGAUAACGGCUACAGUUCUUGAUCAAGAGGAUGAUGAUGAUGGCCAUUUGCUAGCCUUGCAAAUCAUAAGGGAUUUGGUGGAUAAAGGUGGUGAUCUUUUUCUAGACCAGCUGGCUAGGCUUGGUGUAAUUAGUAAAGUGUCAACUUUGGCGGGGCCGUCAUCUGAUGAUGAAAAUGAAGAGGAGUCUAAACCUGAGAAAGAAGAUGAACCACAGGAGGAUGCUAAAGAACUGCAACAGGGUAAACCAUAUCACUGGAGAGACUGGUCAAUCAUUAGGGGAAGGGACUGCCUGUAUAUUUGGAGUGAUGCUGCAGCCCUGGAGCUAUCCAAUGGUAGUAAUGGAUGGUUCAGAUUUAUCUUGGAUGGAAAACUGGCCACAAUGUAUUCCAGUGGCAGCCCUGAAGGAGGAUCCGAUAGUUCAGAAAGUAGGAGUGAGUUCCUUGAGAAGUUGCAAAGAGCUCGAAGCCAAGUAAAGCCAUCUACCACAAGCCAGCCAAUUUUAUCUGCACCAGGGCCAACUAAACUUACUGUGGGAAACUGGUCACUCACCUGUUUAAAAGAAGGAGAAAUUGCUAUUCACAAUUCCGAUGGUCAGCAAGCUACAAUACUGAAAGAAGAUCUGCCAGGCUUUGUGUUUGAAUCUAACAGAGGAACAAAGCAUUCGUUUACAGCCGAAACCUCUUUGGGGUCAGAAUUUGUGACUGGCUGGACGGGCAAAAGAGGAAGAAAGCUGAAAUCUAAACUGGAGAAGACAAAGCAAAAG